AUGUCCUUAAAUCGUUAUAUGCAUCCUCGUAACCCGUACAAGGACAAGCCUCCAGAUUUCAAUGAUUUGGCCACUCGGUUUGCCGAUUUCCGUGCACAUUGUACGUUAGGAAGUAAUGGCAGGGUAUUUGUUAAUUUUCAAGAAGACGGAGCUGUUCGUUCGCUCGCCAAGGCUUUACUCAAAAAGGAUUUUGAUCUCGAGAUUGAGCUUCCACAUGGCUGUUUGGUGCCUCGUGUUCCUCAACGCUUAAAUUAUAUACUUUUUAUUGAAGAUUUGUUAAAACUCAACCAUAUUGAAGACGAUAUUGUUGGUAUUGACAUUGGUACUGGUGCGUCUUGUGUUUAUGCAUUGUUGGGUGCACGUUGGGCUGGAUGGAAAUUCAUAGCAACUGAAGCAAAUGAUGAAGCCGCUAAUACAGCCAACGGCAAUGUCGUUCGUAAUCAGCUCAGUCAUCUCGUUCGGGUUGUACAUGUCAAUGAACACUCUCAAACACUAAUCAAGGAUUUGACUCGACAGUUCAGCGAUUUACAAUUCUCGUUCUGUAUGUGUAAUCCUCCAUUUUUUGAAUCGUGCGAAACUGAUAAGAGGUUCUCUGUCGAUACAGCUUCCGGUGCCAUGCUGAAUGAAUGCGCAGUCGAUUCUUCUGAAGCAGAACGAGCUCCUCCCCGAUCUGCAACAGUAGCACGCCGAGGAGAACUUGAAGUUGAGGGUGGUGAAGUGGCUUUUGUUGGACGCCUUAUAGAUGACAGUGUUCUUCUUCAGACUCAAGUCAGCAUUUAUACAACUAUGCUCGGUAAGAAGAGUAGUGUCAAUGCGCUAUGUCGUCGGCUCUCUAGAAUAGAUGGUGUGCGAUAUACAGUGUCGACAUUGUCCCAAGGCAGAACACAACGAUGGGUUUUAGCGUGGACAUUUUUGGCUAAGAUUCAGCUGGAGAACAAAAGUUGUGCAUCUCUUUACCUCAUAUGCCCGACUGAUAUCAAAACAUCCCCUCUUCUUUGGGUACGCUCGCACCUAGAACGCCUCGAAGUGGAAACGGAACGAGAGAGUGUAGACAUGCUUACUUGCUCUGCUCGUAGAGUUACCUGGACAAACCAACGUUCAAAAAGGAGGGCAGAAGCUAAAUUGAAACCUCCCGAGGCAAAGAGAAGCAGGUUGUCCAAUGUAGACGUUGAUGUUCAAGCUUCAUUGGGAGUUGGUGACGGGAAGGAUUCAUUGUCAAACGCGGGCAACUUCGAUUCUUGCCUAAACAUACCCUUGUCAAGUACGCAGGCCGAUGCCAGUAUUCAGGCGUACUUUCCGUGUUCUUUACCACCGUCGAUGUUACGUUUUCGUGUCAUUCAAUCUCGAGAAAAUGAUGGAGUCUCAUUUGAGUAUAUUGACGGUUAUAAACCAGGUUUAUAUCAACUAAUGCAGUAUUUGAAAAAUCAAAUGAAAUAG